UAACCCUAAAUCGCUCUUUCCCUGUCCGUCCUCCUGUGUGCGGCGCCGCCGCUGCGCACAGGCCACAUCUCCUCGCCCUCCUCGACAUCUCCGGCCAAGGCGCUCACUUCUCCGGCCCUCCUCCACAUCUCCUCGCCUCCACCCCAUCCACUUCCUGUCGAAGACUGCGGCAACGGAGCUCGGCGGCUGCGGCCCUUCUCCAAGACUGCAGCAUGGUGCUCGGCGGCUGCGGCAACGGAGCUGAUGGAGCGCGAGCCGACCAGUUCAACGGAGGCAGUAGCACGGGGCAGCGGCAGCAGCAUGGAGGGCGUCCGCUUGACUGGAAAGAGAAUGUAUUUGUUGAUAGUGAGAGUGAGGAUAAUGAUGGGGUGAGUGAGGAUGGGGAAGAUGCUCCAUCCAUGCAUGAUCAGCAAGAGGCGCAAAUGCAAGUGGAAAAAGAGACACAAAUUCAAGUGGAAAAGGACGCACCUCCAAGAGAUGGCAAUUUGGAGACCCGUAGAUCUGUACGGCUUGUCAAGAAGAAGACCAAGGGCGUCAACAGCCUAUACCCUGUUGCUUAGAAAUCUGUUGGCAAGUCUCUUCUUUCUAGUGUUUUAUGAUUCAUGAUAAUUGCUUAGAAAAUUUUAGUUACUUGGAGCUGCUAGUUUCUUAGAUGUAUACACUUUCUAUCCAUGCCUAGCCUUCGUUGUCAUGUUAAGCAAUGUAUUUAUGUUAUCCUGAAAUGUUACCACUUGACUAUUGUUGCACUAGACACCUCCAUGUUAGUCCAUUUUAUUUCAUUAUGCACAAAGUGGAAGAAGAAAAUUCUGAUGUUGAACUACAUCCAUCCUGAUUUUCCUUUUGUAUGACAAUUGACAAAUGGCUAGUCCAAGCCAACAGUGGGCUGUUUGUGUCUAUGUUGUUUUCUUUGUAUCCUUAGAGUUUUGUUGUGCUCGAGUAAAAACUGUAAACUAGAAUUCAUCAUUCUAGUAUAUGGAGGCAUUUAACCUUUGCUCCUGAAGCUUUUUGGUGAAUAAAAAACUAUAUUGCUGUAGUAGAUUUGUUAUUUGAUUCAUGAGCAUGCAUAAAUUUGACUAUUGUUCUACUAGCCACUUGUCCUGUUAGUCCAUUUUAUUUUUAAUGCACAAAGUGGCAGAAGAUAAUUCCGAUGCAGAACUACCUCCAUCCUGACCCUUCCUCUGUUUUCUCUAAACCAUAAAUGGCACUUGAAGAAUAACUAAGGAUAUCAAGAAGCUUUUGGAUGUAGGCAAGCUUGGAGCUGCUGUUUCAAUGUCAUACUUUGAUAGUUGCCUUUUGGAGCUGUUGUUUCUAUGUGUAAUACUUUAAGUCUGUUGGCUGUACCGGACUAUUUAAACUCUGAACUAUGCUGUGAUGGUUGAACUGAUGUUGGACUGUUAAGGGUUAUGUUGGAGGCCACUUUAUAACUAAUGUGUGCCUGUUAUGUUGGACA